GUACCACUACCAUCUACAUUGACCUUAUACUGCAGUCUGUUCUUGAAGUGGAUGGAAAGACUCAGAGUAUAACGACCAGUAUUUGGUGCAGACAGAUGUGGAGGGAUGAAUUUCUCGUUUGGGACCCAGAAGAGUUUGAUGGCAUCAAUGAAAUUUCCCUUUCGUCCGAUGCUUUAUGGGUUCCUGAUGUCAUCGUGAGUGAAUUUGUGAAGGAGGGAAAGUCACCUCCAAUUCCUUAUGUUUAUGUCAACUCUUCUGGCUCGGUGAAAAACUACCGGCCCAUCCAGGCGGUGCUGGCGUGCAGCCUGGAGAUGUAUGCCUUUCCAUUUGACAAGCAGAACUGCAGCCUCACCUUUCGCAGCUGGCUUCACUCAGUGAAUGAAAUAGAUCUGGCCCUGUGGAGGAGUGCAGACGCCAUCGCUAAUGACAAGCGGGAGUUCAUGAAUGAUGGAGAAUGGGAGCUGCUGUCCAUUCCUUCACAGUACCGGCAGAUCAGUCAAGACAACACGGAUUACUCACAGAUCCAGUUCAACCUGUUGAUCCGCCGGCGCCCCCUGCUGUAUGUAGUGGGCCUCCUCAUCCCCAGCAUCUUUUUAAUGUUGGUGGACGUGGUCAGCUUCUACCUUCCUCUGGACAGUGGCACGCGCAUCGCCUUUAAGAUCAGCAUUCUUCUGGGAUACACCGUCUUCAGAGUCAACCUCACUGAUGACCUGCCUGCUUCUGCUGUCAAAACGCCGCUCAUAGGUGUUUUCUUCGUGGCAUGUAAGGCUAUGUUGAUGCUCAGCCUCACUAAGUCAAUUUUGGUGGUAAAACUGCUCCAUCACAGUGAGAAGGAGGUCAAGCAGAUGUCUUUAUCCGCCUGCCUGCUGGACAAGUACGGUUCUGCUGGUCACAGCUACACUGACAGCAUUUUCACUUCCAUCAAAACCCUGGAUCACAUCAACCAGCCUGAAGACUUUGAUGUUGACUACUCACUGGAGGAGGAUUUGUUGUCCCUUAAUGAGAUCCAAGAAGUCCCCUCUGGGCUGGAGCGGCUCCUCCAGGAGCUGGUCUCCCUCCGUUUGGGUUUUGCCCAGGAGGACAGCGAGUCCUUGGCUCAGUCGGAAUGGCUAUCCCUCUGCUUGCGGCUCGACUGCUUACUUUUUCGCUUUUAUCUUUUUGUCCUUGCCUUGUAUACAAGCACUUUGCUGCUCCUGUGGGCCAGCUGGAGCUUUGCUUAACCUGAAAACAUGUUGACAUGCAGGAUUACUUUUAAAUGGUACAAACAGCUUUAUGUCUGCAACGCUAAAUACAACCAUUCUGAAUUAUGUUGGAAAACCUUUUUUGCAAAUCCUUAAAUACUGGUUGAAUUUCUUUUUAUUUCCAAGAACGAAUAUAUUUUGUAAAAACUCAAUAUGAAAUUAUAUCUGGAUUUUACUAUAACACCAGCUUGAUGUGUAAUCAGCCCAGUCCCAUGCUUAAUAUUCACAUACAUGUGUGCUAAGACUCUGCAGCUUAAAUUUGUUGUUUUCCAUAGGUAUGUUUUUCAUUUUGAAAAUCUGAAAAAAGUUGGUUUCUUUGUAAAUUAAAAAUAUAAUAAAGAAGUGAAUAUAAAAGCGACAGACCAUCAGUCACUCUCUUUCUUUUACCAUCAAUAGAUGCUCAAAAACCGGGGGUAAAAUCCAACAGGAAUAAGUCUGAAAGUCCCACAGUCACGACUGAAUCAAGGACUGAGUUUGUAGGGGGAAGUGUUAUGGUAUGGGAAUGUUUAGCUGGACUUAGGGUUUAGGAUUUGCACAGAGUGAGAGGUUCCAUGAACAUUCCAACCAACACACCGCACCAUGCAUGUCCACCUGGUAUGAGCCUAAUUGGUCAAAAGUUCAUCCUGCAAAAACAAACACAAGCUCCGAACUACCUGGAGACAAAAGAACAACACGGUGACUUUAAGAAGAAACAUUCCAUACAGAGUGUAUCUGAAAAUCUCUGUGGUAAUAGAUUAAGAGUUAAUGUUGAAUGUAAAAACUAUUAUAUUUUUCCUUUGAUUGAUAGUAAGGAACACGUUCACAC